AUCUUGACCAAGCGCCAACUAGCUGGCAAAACCCACUACUACUACUAGCGGCUCUGCAAAUGAAAUGGAGUGGAAACCUGCUCAGUUUGACAUCUCCCACCCUCCAGAUCUUGUCCUAACAAAAAAUCUGGACGUGGAUCCUGAAUUCGCAGACAAUUUCGCUCGUUGUGCCAGAUGGUGUGCAGAUGGAUCCAGCUUCCUCGUCCAGUGCGAAAACAGAGCAUUUCAGCUGUUUAAUAUUCCAGACGUUCAAGGAACGCAGCUCUCGGCCCACCAUAAGCGUACAUUCUCGCAGUCUGCAGCGGUCGUCAAUUUUGCUUGGUAUCCUGGGGCAUCAUCCGAUAACGCUCCAGCUUACUGUUUCGUCGCUUCUGUGCGUGACUGUCCGGUGAAGCUUCUGGAUGCUUCGGAUGGAAGGCUGAGGGCCUCAUACCCGAUUAUCGAUCAUCGUGAGAGGUUCAUCGCUCCUCAUAGUCUCGCAUUUAACUUAACAGCCGACAAACUAUACUGCGGUUUCGAAGAUGCCAUCGAGAUCUUCGACAUACAACAACCUGGGGAGGGCGAGCGGCUCCUGACCACGCCUUCAAAGAAAAGCAAGGAUGGCCUAAAAGGCAUCAUAUCCAGUGUCGCUUUUUCCUCCUCCUACGACUAUUACGCAAUCGGCAGCCUAACACCUUCCUCACAAGCGAUGGAUAAUAUUGCAUUGUAUUCUGAGUCAAACCAAGCAGCUAUUAUGCCUAUAGGAGGCGCAGAUUGUCAUUCCGGAGUCACGCAGUUGAAGUUUAACCCAACACAACCGCAUAUCCUGUAUGCUGCAUUUCGUCGACACGAUGCUAUAUAUGCAUGGGAUCUUCGCAGUGAUACAUCUGUACCUGUAAAGGUCUUCAGGACGUCCCCUGAUUCUCGCAGAAAUUUGACUAAUCAAAAGAUCGAAUUCGACAUAGAUCACGCUGGAAGAUGGUUAAGCGUCGGUGAUCAGAAUGGAUGCAUUUCGAUGUUUGACCUUGAACAUUCGGACGAAUUGGAUUCUGAACAGGCAUCAGUGAUUUCGCCGCAGAGCAUCACCCCAACGAUGAGUUUUAACGCGCAUGGAGGCAAGUAUACCAAACACCCCCUCUACGUUCAAAUCUCCUGUCAGCAUCAGGGCUCACGCCAUUUUGAUGAGGACACGAGGAAUGGUGAUUCUAAUAGCUCUGAUGAAGAUUCAACAGACCAAGAGUCGGAUUCUGAGAGGCAGAAUAUGACCGCAGUGUCAAGCCGCCGACCUCUUCCAUAUGUCAAAGACCCUUCUUUGAAGCUGUGGUCAUUCGACCCCGCGAGGAUUGUACAUCACGCUUGA